UACCUUUGUUGCAUUUGAGAAUUACAGCACAUUCAAAUCAUCCCGCCUUCCUCCAAUGCCCCACCCCCUCGUUCCCAUCCGCGGUCUUUUAUUUAAGAAACUUUAUUUACACAAGCAGACUUACAACCUACUGCCUCCGCGCACGCACGUGAGUUUUUGUUUACCGAAGCAAUGGAAUCGGAUUCAGAAGCACCGGACGACAGUGUAGUAGAUCCUGACUACAGCAUUGAAGUUUACACAGAGGAAGAUGAUAUUGAUAUUGAUGACGAUGAUGAUGACGAUUCUCCAGGCGAAGACACCUCAAGGAAGAAAGCAAGGACUGAAAGUGGAGGCAGAGGAAACCAUGGCAGGGGAAUGAAAGGCAGGGGCCGUGGUUUUCCACAACACAAAAAAAAACCAAACACAUCAGGCCAACAAGUUGUGGAGGCAGAGGAAACGAGCAGAGGAGCCAGAAAAAGAACAGGCCCUUCUAGAGGCAGCCGAGGCAGAGGCAGGGGGGGCCGUGGUGUGACACAGGGUGGAGAGGACUGUGAUGAGGAGAGACCAGGAACCAGCAGAGAUGUUCCUAGCAGAGCAAGAAGAAGAGCAAGAGGUCGCCGGGGACGUGGACCUGCUGUUCUUACUCAUGAUGAUCUACUAAGAGUUCAGCAAUUUCAGCAGGAGAGGAUUGCCGCUGAGCAGGCUAGAAUUCAAGCUCUAGACAUCACACAGUCUCAUGAGCUGCUUCUGACCUGCCUGGAAAGGGACCCAAGCAUGCUGUUUGACCUGAUGGCACACUCACAGGUUCAGGAUGAUUCCCAAAUUAUUCGAACACCCGGGCAACCAGAGUGGUGUGUCUGUGGCAGAUGCAGGCAGAUGAUUAGAGACAUUGAGAAGGUGUGCUGCCGACAAACGCUGGAAAAUUGCAUCUCUGUCCUGCCUCACAUGGAUGCCUUCAUCUUGCAGCCGGGGGUCCUCCGCAUGGCUAGACGCAUCUGGAAUGACUCCCGAGCAUUAGAUGAUGCACAAACACCGGGGGAAAGCCACAGGCAGUUCCGCUUUUCUGCAUAUAGACAGUAUAUAAUUUGGCAGUAUGGUCAACUUGGACAAGGCCACAGAGUUGUCAUACCAAGUUGCUGUGUUUGGAGAAUACGGGAAACAUACCCAGACCCCAAUGGGAUCUACAAAGGUUUUAUCCCUAGCCGAAAUGGUAUGGAUGAGGAAUAGACUCCAGCCCAGUGUACCCUGCCCUGUGAAUUAUGUACAUGGUACUGUCUUAUUACUGUAUAUUUUGGCCAUAGUUAGUGACCCAUGUUUCUAAAUUAAAAAUACAUAUUUAC